CCUGGCAUUUUAGGGCUAGGGCAAAACCACUUAGAUGAAGCAGGAGGUUUUAUGCUGCGCGUCACUCCAAUGCUCUUCCUGACACAUCUUUCAUUCUUGCGGCGGAUCGGCUUCUCCCCUUGCCGCGGCGGCGACAACGAGGGCAGGGAUUCCGGCGAUCGAGCUAGAUCAUCCAGGAAAUCGAGGAACGGUAUGGACAAUCAUCCAAACAAGGCUGAUGGAGAUGGGGCUGGAUCGAAAGAGGAGCAGCCGCCGCCGGCCAAGAAAGAGGAGGAGGAGGAGGAGGAUGAGGAGGAUCUUGGGCCGCCUCCAGAGAAGCCGCUUCCAGGCGAUUGCUGCGGGAGUGGCUGCGAGAGGUGCGUAUGGGACAUUUACUUCGACGAGCUCGAGGACUACAAGCUGCGCAAGGCAAUGAAGAGCUCCAAAGACUGAUUAAUUAUUAUAAAAUAAAAAGAGGCGGAUAUUCUUCGAA